AUGCAGAUCCUGAGGUGCCCAGCCCAGCUGCAGCUCCUGGAGGAGACCCUGCGGAAGAGCCUGCCCACCACCCUGCCGGUCCUAGGGACAGUGAUGACGGUGGCCAGGGGGAACCCAGCCUCCCACGAGGUGCUGGUGGACUCCUGGCCCAAUUUCAGCAUCGUCCUGACCCGCCUGCGCCCAGAGGACCACAGGGACCCCAGGGACUACUACACCAACCAGCUGUCCGUGUUCUACCGGGACAAGGGAGCCCUGCAGGCACUGCUGGAGGGCACUGAGGCCGUCACCCGGGAAAGAGCCUUCCAGAUUCUGGGGAUGCAGGAUGGGCUGGACCAGGCCGUGCAGGAGGUGGCCAGUGCCAGGGGCCUGAAGGUGGAGACAAUCCGGUACCGGGCGCUGAUGAGCCCUGAGCCCCCCCAGCCCCGCAGGCAGAUGCCCGCGGGCCUGCGCCUGGCGCCCGUGUCCCCAUCCCACAUCUCUCUUCUCAACGCCACGUGGGCGCUGGGGGGCAAUGCCCGCAGCCGGGCGUUCCUGCUGGGGCUGGUGCGGGCGCUGCCCUCCGCCUGCCUGCUGGGCCCGCGGGGCCGCCCGGUGUCCUGGAGCCUGCUGGACGGGCAGGGCUGCCUGCGCCACGGCUACACCGUGCCCGCCUGGCGCGGCCGCGGCCUCACCGGGCUCCUGCUGAACGCGCUGGGCCGGGAGCUGCACGCCCGCGGCUUCCCCAUCUACUGCGCCGUGCUGCCCCACAACACGGCCUCGCUGCAUGCCCUGCAGGCCAUCGGCUUCGAGCCCCAGCCCGGAACCUUCCACAUGAUCCUGGGCACCCCCAAGUAG